AGCGGCCCGUGGGUCUGGAAUGGACGGGGUUCCAGCCCAUCCAUAAGCGGGCUAGGGCAAACCAGCCGCUCGUCUAUAUAAAACCAGGCAUCGAGGUCACGCCAUCUUCCGAAACCCUAGCCCUUCUUCCGCCGCCGCCGAACCCCAGCGCACCGGAGGAGCCGCAGCAGAAGGGAUCGGAGAUGGCCAAGUCGAAGAACCACACGGCGCACAACCAGUCGUACAAGGCGCACAGGAACGGCAUUAAGAAGCCCAAGCGCCAGCGCCAGGCCUCCACCAAGGGGAUGGACCCGAAGUUCCUGAGGAACCUGAGGUACUCGAGGAAGCACAACGUCAAGGCUGGUGAGGGAGAGGUUGAGAAGUAAGAUGGAUGAGUGUCUGGUGGUCGAUAUGUCUCAUGUAUCGCUAGGAUCUACUGUUUUGAACUUAAUCCAGUGUUCUGUAUGACCAAAGAAUAUCUAUGUCGUUACCUAAGUUUUGUCAUGCUGCUGGAUUGGAAAUGAUAUUUGCAGCUUUAUGAGAACCUUCUUUAUCUAUAAAAUGUGUCUUCGAAUGCAA